AGUUUAUAAUAACCCAAUCGCUAGUUCCUAUAGAUUGCUCUGCUGAAAGGUCACCAUUAAUCUAUUCCUCGUCGUUUUCCACAUGGCCCAAGAGUGGAAGUCCAAGGGCAAAAUCAGAUUUCCCCCACUACCAUAUGCCUUUCCUCCUGCUCUGGUAUGCGGUGAACCUUUCUUCAAACUAAGUCGCAACGAUAUCUUGAGUGACGGAAAUGCCUGGCCUACCAUUGCCGUUCCUGAAACAUGGAUAACUGUUGAUCCGGACGAAGGCUUCGUGAACAAGACAAAAUCGUCUUACAGCCUGAUUCUUACACGCAAAUCUGGCCUUGAACGCAGCGAGAAGAAAUUCGUUACAAUAUAUCGUAGGGAUCCCUUCAAACCUAUCGCAUAUGAAGUAGUCAUCCUCUAUAAAGGAACAAAUGCUAAAAUCGUGAUCGAUCAGGAAACCAACAAUUUGAAACCAGCUGGAGCCGCAUGUUUCGCGAGGAAGCCGCCGAGCUCAAACUCCUGGGGUCGCCAUCAUGGCAUGUCCACAAGGCAGUCACAAAUCAUCCAGAUUGCGACGUUAAAUACCACACUCUGGAGUACGCGACAUCAUUCCUUGGCGAAAGGGGCGAUUUCCUCGCAGAUCACGAGGGUAAAGACUGGAUUUUCCAACUCUACCAGGGUGAUUUGGAGGAUGAGGCUGAGCUGCCAAAUCUCGAACCGCUUGUUGCUAGUGAACUGCUGAGAGUUUGUGACGGGCAAGGGAAACAUGUGGAUAAAUCAAAUCGGUUCCAAUAUAGGUGUGUCUGGGAGGAUGAUGGGCCGGUUGUCGAAGACUUGAAAGGUUACACGACUUACCGAGGCUCGAUUGGGAAGAACGGGUUAGUCUUAGAGACUAAUGGGGGCAGUAAGUCCUUUUGGGAACAUGCAUCUCAGGUGUCGACAUUUGAACUUUCGCUCGGCGGUCUCUUUUCGAUGGUGUUCGUUAUUUGGGGUAUCUCAAUACUAAGGAGGUGUUAUAAGAAAGACAAAAGGCUCAAGUUGUAGGCUAAGAUGGCUUGUGAGAAUGGCUACAGGCCAGAAGACACAGCAUUGUGAAAAAGAUACUCUUUUUGGAGUUAAACAGGUCCAGGAUCCUGCCGCCACCACCAGCGGUGGCGUUCGAGACACAAAGUGAGAGUACAAUAAUUUGAACCUUACUUUGUAUCAUUACUACCCAUACCACAGUCAGUUCCAGU